GAUGUGUACCCCAAAAUGAACUAUUCAACUUUGCCAUCUAGUGGACACCAACUCUUUCGAAUUCAAUCUCAACUAAAGAGAUUCUGCCUGCAUAAUGAAAACUUAUUAACGGCUCUGCGCUCUAACUCAAGAAAUAUGACUGACCGCAUCUUUUGUGAACAUCGUAACAAUCCAAUCGAGCCGAAGGAAGUUGCAAAUUUCCAUAAAGAAGCCAAAGAAGUUUGCAUGAAAGAAUUAGGAUGUUUUGCAAUAACUCCUGAUUUCAAGCACAUACUUCAUAGGCCCAUUAAUGUGUUGCCAAAUGACAGAGUCGCCAUAAACACACGUUGCCUUCUUUAUACUAGACGCAACGCUAAAGAACCAGAACAGCUGUUGCCCAAUAACAAGAAAUCCAUCUCAGAAUCUAACUUUGAUGCUAAAAAUCCUACAAAGUUCAUUGUUCAUGGAUUCAUGGACAGCGAAAUUUUUGGACCUUGGAUGGCAAGAAUGAAAGACGAAUUCUUGUUGCACGGAGAUUAUAACAUCAUAAUCGUUGACUGGAGUGGAGGGAAUAAAGCUCCUUACUACCAAGCAACAGCUAAUACCAGAGUAGUGGCUGCAGAAGUUGCACUAAUCAUCACAACUUUGGAGAAAUAUGCUGGAAUAAAACGAGAAAACUGUCAUAUAAUUGGACAUAGUCUGGGUGCACACAUUGCUGGUUACGUUGGAGACCGGCUGAAACGACUCGGCAGAAUUACAGGUUGUGACCCAGCAGAACCAUACUUCCAGAAUAUGCCACCUAGUGUGAGACUGGAUCCAACAGAUGCUCAAUAUGUAGAUGUUAUUCAUUCAGAUGCUACAAAUAUCAAGUUUAUCGGAUUUGGAAUGAGCCACAUGGUCGGACAUGUAGACUUUUUCCCAAAUAAUGGAAGGAAGCAACCAGGCUGCAAAGUAGACAAAUUUAAAAGUUUUAUAACUGAUGGAUUAGUUGAAGGUAUCAGAAGAUUUGCAAGUUGUAACCAUCAAAGAGCGCUGGACUUUAUGUACUACACUAUAAACUACAGAAAAAUUGUGCCAGUAGGGUAUCAGUGCUCAAACUGGGAAACGUUUCUUCAAGGUAAAUGCGCAGAGUGUGGACCAGACACUAAAAAAUGUGCCAUCAUGGGUAUGAGAGCGGAUGAGUAUAAAUCUUUCAAAAAUGACAAAGUUCAGCGAGCCUAUUACCUUAAGACUUCUGGAAAAGCCCCUUUCCUUCUAUACCAUUACCAAAUCUCCAUUAAAUUCCUUAAACCUAAAACUUCAGACAAAGAUGUAAAGGGUACUAUAGAUGUCGCUCUUUUUGGAUCGAAGCAAGAUGAAAUAUUUCACGUCCAGGAUAAAGCUGCUGACUUAGUUCUAGGAUCACGCUAUCAAUACCUUGUAACAACUGAUAAAGAAUUAGGAGAUAUUCAAAGCGUCACUUUGCAAUGGUAUUCAUCGUCACUAAACCCACUUAAACUCCUCUUUAAGCCAAAGUUGUAUGUGGAAUAUAUUUCUGUUGUACCAAUGAACGUUAUUGAAAAGUCCCCAAGAAAAAUGACUAACAGAGUUUUCUGCGGAAAACCUAAAGUUGCUAUUAUGCCGAAGACCACAACAAGCUUUCUGCGUGAUAACAAAUGUCUCAAAUUUUUGUAAUGAAUAAAGUUUUUAUAGUUGUAAUGUU